AUGCACGUGGCGGCGGUGGCAGCAGACGUGAUACUGCUUCUAAGCAUGGGGUGGACAUCAGAUUCUCUCUGCUCACCCACCGUCUUCUACAGAGACUGCUGGAUCCGGCGCUUCCCUGGUCUUCUCAUUGACCUGGAGGAGUCUCAGAAGCUGGGAGCCCAGUUCCUGAAGUAUUAUUCUGAAAGCACGGGCCAGAAGUGCAGUAGAAGUUGCUGUCUUAGGAAGGAUGUUUCCUGCAACGUGGCUGUCUUCUACCAUGAUCCUAUUCAUGACAAUAUCAACUGCCUCCAUAUUCAUUGCCCGACGCUGGAGAGCUGCAUAUUAGAGCCUGGAACCAGUGCCAUUUUGUACAACAUCACAGAUGGUAUAGAUCCAGAUUUGCUGGUUUUUGAACAAUCACUUCCUGCAUAUCUAAAUACCCGUUCUUCAUCUAAUAGGUGGGACAGACUAAGGAUUCUAAAAGCUAUGAGUUUAGAGAAACAACCGACCACCAUGAUAAACCAUAUGUUGCCAUCAAUAGAGGCUCCAUCAUCAACCACACAUCAAGAUUUGGUUGCAAACACAAACAGUACCCGUUAUUUCAACGAAUCAAUCACAGAUUUGGGGGCAAGAUUCAUUUCCCUGAAUGACUCCCUUACCACAAAGGUAAAUAUGAUGUCACCAAGUAUUGAUUUCAUCAACAAUUCAGAUAACAAGACUAUUUCUCCUUUCUUUGUGCCCAUAGACACAAAACUUUCUCAUAUGCCUAUUUUAUCCCAACUCAACAGUAGCAAACAAUUACUGAACAAAACCAAAGGGUACAACAGCAGAAACCACACAUCUGCAAAUGAAGACGAGACACUCGAUGGGGCGUCUAUGAUUUCAAAGACCUGGCUGGUUCCUGUGGCCCUUUGCACUUUGGUCAUCUUUCUUUGCUCUUGUUUAGUCAUUCUGGCUUCUGGGCGCUGUCAAAAGCAGCAGGGCCAGUAUAAACUAGGACAGAGAAAAUCAGGAUCCAGGCAAAUUAAGAAAUUUAAUUUUUGA